CUUUUGACAGACAUAUUGUUGUUUAAGGGUGCAUAAUUCAUUUCAUCAAAUCGGAUGUUAAUAACAAUGUUCGAGGUUCAUUUCUAGUUCGAACACCAGUGGCGUAAUUUUGGCGUUUUGUUUGCCAACAAUAAAAUAUCUUUGUAUACCCUUUUAUUCUAUAAGAAAUGUACCUGCGAAGGGUAUGGUAUCAUAGCAUCGGUGCAGCCGAAGUUAACAUUUUUUCUUGAUUUUAAUUGUCGUGGAGAAAAUUUAAACGUCAUGGAGAAAAUUUCUAUGAAAGUGGCAUGUUUUUGUAUAUGAAAAUAUUUUUCCAAAUUGUUUAUAACUAUGAAAUUAAACCGAAAAACUAAAUUUUAUAUCAGCCAUAGUAAAAUUUGAAAUGGCCCCUUCUGAAUAUAAUGACGCUGUUUUCUUGAAAUCGUUACUACUUACUUAUAUGAAUAAAUAAUCGCGCAGGGACCAAGAAAAACAAAUUAAAAACGGAACGAAUCAAUGCAAGAGUAAAUGUUUGUAUCAACUGAGGGCUUAACGGUCUGAUAUAGUAGAACAGCUGAGGAGCAUUCAGUUAGUGCGAAACUUGUGAGCAAUCAUAGUCAGAUCCAGUGUUUCUCGCUCAAUAGCUGAGCGCGCAAGCGCCAUCCAGAAGUCAACAUACUCAAAGCGUCGCUCACCAAGUAUAACAUUGCUGGCAAGAGUUGACGCCAACGCAAUUCAAAGUUAUCAGUAUCCAAGAGUCGGUCGGCGUGUCGACGCCGUUGAAUCACUAUUCGCCAGCUUUGCCUAAUAAAUAUGAGAAAGUAAUUAACAUUAGCGUGGAAGUGAAUGCUGUAAAGUGAAAUGUGCUGACGCGUCGCAAAAAAACUAACAGAAAACUGAUAACAAAGAAAUUGAGAAAAACAAAAAAAAAAUUUUAAUUCAAAUUAAAGUAUUUAAUUCUUCUGCAAACUUGUAUUUAUUCGGUUACUAUCGGUCUAGUCAGUGUGUUUAUGCUCUACUAAUAUAUACUAAUUAAGUGACAGGAAACAUUGUUCCGGUAAAAAAGAAGAAUAAAGUAAAGUAAAAUAAUAUCCCACCAUCACUGACCCCACCACAAAAGUAUGACAACAUCAGCAUUUAAAAAUAAGCGUAACAACGCGGCAUCCAACGAUGCCGAAGCCGACGGUCACAUUUCCAAUGAUGCGAAUAACGUAGACUUAAAUCACACUAUGGAAAAAACAGACUCUGAGGAAGAUGCUUGGUCAUCAACCGGAUACAACUACAUAAAUCCAUUUGUUCAUCGUUUGCAAAUCGAGAAUAACAUCGAUUUAGCAAAGAUUUACGUGCUAACAGUGCUUUUGAUGCCGAUUCGCGUAUUCGGCUGUCUUCUCUCACUUCUAUCCGCAUGGAUGUUUGCCUGCAUCGGCUUGUACGGUUUAACACUCGACGAUUUAAAGGCGAGACCCAUAACCGGCUGGCGAAGACAAUUUCAACGCAUAACCUCCGGCGCCAUGCGUACGCUCUUCGCUGCCGGAACAUUUCAUCAUGUCAAAUUGACUGGCGAACGUGCGUCACCGAAGCAAGCACCCAUCAUGGUGGUGGCGCCGCACUCAUCGUAUGUUGAUUCGAUCAUUGUGGUAACAACUGGUCCACCAUCGAUUGUGGCGAAGCGUGAAACCUCUGAUAUACCUCUGUUGGGCAAAAUCAUUAAUUUCGCCCAACCCAUUUAUGUGCAACGCGAGGAUCCCAAUUCUCGACAGAAUACGAUACGUGAGAUUGUAGAGCGUGCACGCUCUGAAGAGGAGUGGCCACAAGUAGUUAUCUUUUCUGAGGGCACGUGUACCAAUCGCAAGGCAUUGAUUAAAUUUAAGCCUGGUGCAUUCUAUCCAGGCGUACCUAUACAACCAGUAUUGCUCAAGUAUCCUAACAAAUAUGAUUCAUUCACGUGGACUUGGGACGGUCCAGGCGUUCUGAAACUACUUUGGAUGACAAUGUCGCAAUUCUAUAGUCGUUGUGAAAUCGAAUUUUUACCGGUGUACACACCGUCUGAGGAGGAAAAGGCUGAUGCGAAUUUAUAUGCGAAUAAUGUGCGAGAUGUUAUGGCUAAAGCGCUUGGUGUGCCUACGUCAGAAUACUCUUUCGAAGAUGUGAUUACAAUGAGUCGUGCCAAAGAUAUGCGUGUGCCCUUCCCUGGCGAUAUUAUUGAAAUUGAACGGGUGCUUUACAAUUUGGGUUUACUCCCAGAUUCCGUGCGUGAUCAAGAAUUAGUUGCGGAUUUUCUUAGCAUAAACAAUACUGACCGUUUAGACAUAUUUACCUUUGCUGAACUACUGCGGAUCGAUCCCAAAAAUUCGCAACUUCUCCAGCUUUUUGCUUUACUAGAUCAUCAUCACAAGUACACAAUCAAUUUGAAGAGUUUUCUUUUAUGCUCACAGUUUUGUAAACUAAAGAAUGAAGAGAUUAUCGUGUUUCUGCGUGCCAUAGCUAAUCUCUACGCGGAGUCAACACAACGUAUUACACGUCAAAACUUCGCACGCAUACUGAGGCAUACAGGUAAAAUGACGCCGGAAAAGUGCGAUGCAUUAUUCUUUGCCAUCGAUAGCACGAAUAAAGGCUGCAUUUCAUUUGAUGAGUUUGAGCGCUAUACCAAGGAUCAUCCGCAGUACAAAUUCCUUUAUAAGAAGCAGGAGCACUUGAGGCGGACACAAGCGGGCGGUAAUGUAAAAAAGCAAAUUUAGAAAAAGUGAAAAAUUAUUAUACAAAAGAAAGAAAAAGAAACACGCUUGUGUGUGGAUGUGUAUGUAUGUCUGCUGUCAUGAGUACUGCAAUUUCAAAUUAUAAUGGAUUUAAUUAUUAAAACCAAAAACAACAGACGUAUGUCAAUUCAAAGCAAGAAUUGUAUUAUUUUCAUAAAUAUUAUUUCAAAAAUCCCCUUAAAACGUCUGUUUAACAAAGUUAAAAGUAAAACAUUUUCUAUAAUUGUAAAAAAAAAACGUUUAAUUUGAGCAAAUAAGAAGCAAAAAAUGCAAAUUUGAUAUUAAAUAUAAAACACAAGUGUAUUUUUUAACAAACCAAAGCUUAGAGUGAAAACAUCGUUUCCAGAAAAACGCGUUUAAAAAUUUUAGUGACAUUAUGUUAAAAAAAUUUACAAAUACGCUCAUAUCUCUGAACAUAUUUGCCGGACUAAACAAACAUUUUCAGAGUAUAUUUUGAAACAUUUACAUUCGUCAUAUAAAAAUCGAUUUCUUGAAAUUCAUAAGUGGAUAUAGCCCCUUUGACUAGAGUGUACUUGUGGUAAGAAUAUUUAUGUCACACAUAAAACGUGUGUUGGCAGACAUAUGCGAUUUAUUUAACUAAAAUUUAAGUAAAAAUGUCAUCCUUACUUAGCUCAAUGUGCGCUGCAGUCAUUUAAUUUAUAUUUACCGUAAAUAGAGGCAAACCGUUUUGAUUUGUGAAAUUUAUAUUCUCAGUAGCUAUAUUAAUUAAAAUUAAAAUCAGCGUUUAUGAUUGAAAGUUAAAUUUGUAAUAACAUUGAAAAAAUAAUGCAUAUUAGUUCAAUAUUGACUAUGUUUACAUUUAAUGCCAAUAUAAUUAUACAAAUAGAAUUAUAUGACUUUUAGUAAUGUAGGCGUAAUGUGUAGUUGGCCAAAUUUAUUAUGUAUUAUACAAUAAUAUCUAUGUAUAUUAUACACGUA